AUGUGCGGAGGAAACACCCCCCGUCCCACUUCCAACGGCCGCAUCGCAGUCAUGUUCCCCUCCGCGUCCACCAAGAGCAUGACCACGUACUCGCUUUUCUUUCAUGAGGGGCUGACAGCGUCUCGCACGCGAGCGGUAUUCCGGCUUGAAGAUCCCAGCACGAGAGAUGCAUUCGGGAAGUGCGAGAGUAUUGAUUUGAGGAUUGAACGGUAUGGAGAUUUGACCUCUGCGUUGACUGCGCCGCCGCUGCAUCGGUUCCGGCUACGGCCUAACCCUAAAUCAGGGCAAAAAGGGAUUGAGAUGGAGUUUGAGUUACCUGAACGGCUAGAUCUCGGGGUUUCGGAGAGGGGGAUUGUAGGGAGGCAGGUUACUGUUGUUGCCGAAGGGGGAAGAAGCGAGGUGUUGGGGAUGGGGAUGGGGAUUGUUGGGUAUGAUUGA